AUGUUUCAAAGUAACACUUUAUUAUUAACACACAAAAGGCUAAUACACAAUUCGAAAUGUGUAUACCUAACAUUGGCGCCAUUAUUUUUUCACACAAAAGAAACCUUUUUUAUCAAUAUCCCUCAAACCCCAAAUCCAUCAAAAUAUGAAUCACUUCUUAACAAAUAUCAAUAUUCUUGUUCUUUACAAGAUUCAAAGCAACUUCAUUUACACAUUUUUAAAAGUGGGUAUACUUGUGAUGUAUUCUUGGUCAAUACCCUUAUCAAUAUACAUACACGAAUCGGUGAUAUGGUCUCUGCACGUAAUGUGUUUGAUGAAAUGCCUGUAAGAAACUCGAUUUCUUGGUCUUGUUUGAUUUCGGGGUAUACAAGAAACCAUAUGGAGGGUGAGGCUUGUAAUGUUUUUAGGGAGAUGAUUUGUGAGGGGUUCCCGCCUGUUCAUUAUGCUAUUGGGAGUGUUUUGAGAGCUUGUCAGGUUUUAGGAAGUAGUGGGGUUGGUUUCGGGCUGCAAGUUCAUGGCUUUGUAGCGAAAACUUUGAACGCUUUUCAUGAGGUAGUGUGUAAUGGGUUGAUUUCGAUGUAUGGGAAUUGUAUGGGUUCGGUUGAUUGUGCUUCUCGUGUUUUUGAUGAGAUGGAAGUUAGAAGUUUGGUGUCGUGGAAUUCAAUUAUUUCGGUUUAUUCUAACAAGGGAGAUACAGUUUCCGCUUUUAAGCUCUUACAUGGUAUGCAAGUUGAGGGGUUUCGCCCAACUGAAUAUACAUUUGGAAGCCUAAUAACGUCAGCUUCUCUAUUAUCAGAACCGGGAUCAUUUUUGCUUCAACAAGUGAUGUGCACAAUACAAAAGUCUGGAAUUUUAUAUGACUUGUAUGUGGCCAGUGCUUUGGUGAAUGGGUUUGCUAGGGCUGGACUAAUUACCACAGCUAAAAAGAUUUUUGAAUCGAUGGAUGUAAAAAAUGUAGUUUCGAUGCAUGGACUGAUGGUAGGAUUGGCAAGACAAAAACGCGGAGAAGAAGCUGUUGAAGUUUACAUGGGGAUGAAAGAUUUAGUCAGGUUAACAUCCGAUUCUUAUGUAAUUCUUCUGAGUACUUUUAGUGAAUUUUUUUCAGUUGAGGAAGGGAGAAGAAAGGGCAGAGAGGUUCAUGGUUAUGUUAUCCGUAAUGGGCUAAUUGAUUCUAAUGUUGCGAUUGGAAACAGUCUGAUUAACAUGUAUGCCAAAUGUGGCUCAGUUAUGAAUGCCGCCUCUGCGUUUAAAGCUAUGAUAAACAAAGAUGAAGUUUCAUGGAAUUCAAUUAUUACUGGUUUUGAUCAGAAUGGUUACUUUAGGGAUUCAAUUAUGAUGUUUCACGCAAUGAAGAGAAAUCAAUUGAAGCCGGCAAAUUUUACUUUGAUCAGUGCUUUGAAUUCGUGUGCUGGUUUGGGUUGGCUAAGGUCAGGAGAACAAAUACAUUGUGAAGGGGUUAAGUUGGGACUGGAUACUGAUGUUUCGGUUUCAAAUUCUCUCAUUGACUUUUAUUCAGAGACGGGAUGGAUAAACAACUGCAAGAAAGUGUUUUCAUCGAUGCUUGAAUAUGAUCAGGUUUCUUGGAAUUCCAUUAUUGGUGCAUUUUCUGAUUCUGAUAAUUUAGUUCCAGAAGCUGUUGAAUAUUUCAUGAAAAUGAUGCGUGGUGGGUGGCAGCCUAACUUGAUAACCUUUGUAAAUAUCCUUGGAGCAGUAUCAUCUCUUUCAGCAAGUGAACUGGUGAGACAAAUUCACGGGUUAACACUAAAAUACCGUGUUGCUGAUGAUAAAGCAAUUGAAAAUGCAAUUCUUAAGUGUUAUGGUAAAUGCGGACAUAUGGAUGAUUGUGAGAAAGUUUUUUCAACUAUGGAUGGUCGAAAGGAUGAAACGAGUUGGAACUCUAUGAUCUCUGGCUACAUACACAACGAGCUACUGAACAAAGCUAUGGACUUGGUUUCAGUUAUGCUGACCAAUGGUCAAAGACUAGAUCGCUACACUUUGGCGACUGUUCUUAGUGCAUGUGCAUCAGUUGCAACACUCGAACGUGGUAUGGAAGUCCAUGCUUGUGGGAUUAGGGCUUAUUUGGACUCUGAUGUUGUGGUUGGGAGUGCUCUUGUUGACAUGUAUUCAAAAUGUGGAAGAAUUGACUAUGCUUCACGGUUUUUCACAUCUAUGCCUGUUAAGAAUGUUUAUUCUUGGAACUCGAUGAUAUCUGGAUAUGCAAGACAUGGACAUGGAGACGAAUCUUUAAAGAUUUUUAAGAAAAUGAAGCUAGAAGGUCAACUUCCUGAUCAUGUGACUUUUAUUGGUGUCUUAUCAGCUUGUAGCCAUAUGGGUUUGGUUGAUCAAGGGUUUGAGCAUUUUAACGACAUGAGUAAAGUAUACGGGCUAAACCCCAAAAUGGAGCACUUUUCUUGUAUGGUAGACAUUCUUGGACGGGCUGGCGAGUUUGAUAAAAUGGAGGAUUUCUUAAACAAGAUGCCAAUGAACCCAAGCAUGCUAAUCUGGCGAACCGUACUUGGAGCUUGCUGUAGAGCAAGUGGUGAAAGAACCACAGACUUAGGUAGGAGGGCCGGGUCAAAACUUUUGGAACUGGACCCUGAUAAUGCUGUAAAUUAUGUGCUUCUUUCUAACAUGUAUGCAGCUAAAGGUAAUUGGGAAGACAUGAAAAAGACUCGUUUUUUGAUGAAACGAGCUGCAGUGAAAAAGGAAGCUGGUUGUAGUUGGGUAACCAUGAAAGAUGGUGUUCAUGUUUUUGUAGCUUCUGACAAAUCACAUCCUGAUACCGAUGCAAUCUACAAAAAGCUCAAGGAGUUGCUAGGAAGAAUGAGGGAGAUGGGGUAUGUACCCGAGACUAAAUAUGCGCUUCGUGAUCUUGAAAUCGAGAAUCAAGAGGAGAUCUUGAGCUACCAUAGUGAAAAACUUGCAGUUGCCUUUGUUCUUACUAAAAAUUCAGAAAUGCCCAUUAGAAUAAUGAAGAAUCUUCGCGUCUGUGGUGACUGUCACACGGUCCUCAAGUAUGUUUCAAAGAUCGUGGGGAGGUUAAUCGUUGUUAGGGAUUCACAUAGAUUCCAUCACUUUUCUGAUGGUAAAUGUUCUUGUGGGGAUUAUUGGUAGGGUAGAUCUGUUAGGCUUACAAGUUGUAAGAAAAGAUGUUCUCUUAACAGUUUUAGGAUCAUAGUUUUUCUACAUUCAUUUGUUCCAUGUUAUUAUAUCAAACCAUAUGUAUCCAAUGUAAUGACCAACAGCGAGAUAGAAAA